AUCCCCACCUCCCCUCUCCAGGCACCGCGGGGAGUUGGCGUGGCUGCGUGCGGGGAACGCAGGGCUCGGCUCCCCCCGGCGAGGCAGAGGCGGGAGGCGGGACGCUCUGCCAUCGCCAGCCAGCACCUCCUUCCCUGGGCUCCCCUGGCAGAAGAAGAUCCGCUGUGCGGCCGGGCAGGAGGCAUUGCCCUGCUCCCAGCCAGCCCCCGCCUGGGCCUGCAGCCCCCCGCCUCCCGCCCUCGCUGCCUUUGUUGUGAGAUGAGAGCCGGCUGGCGGGGCUGAACGCCGAGCAUGGAGCCGCUGAGCCACCGCGGCCUGCCGCGACUGUCCUGGAUCGACACCCUCUACAGCAAUUUCAACUAUGGUGCAGAAGAUUACGAUGCUGAGGGAAACGAGGAGCCCAAAGCACUGCCAGAAGGCUCGGAAACCAUGCCCUAUAUUGAUGAGUCGCCCACCAUGUCCCCCCAGCUCAGCGCUCGGGGCCAGGAGAGCGGGGAUGGCGUCUCACCCACACCCACCGAUGGGCUCAACACAGGGGUAGGUGGGCUGGGCACUGAGCUUGGCAGUAAGACCUGUGAAAAUUGGGGCUGGGAUGUGUCUUCUUUCUAGGUGAUGGUCUGGUGCUGCUGUGAUGCAUGUGACUGCUCGGCUUCCCAAUCCCAGGGCUGGGAAUGGUGCGGUGUCCAUGGGUCACGUUGGUGACACUGCCCCAGACAGCAGGGGCUGGGUGCUGGAGCCCAGUUGGAUGAUGCUGGGAUGCACUGCUGUGUACCCCGCCUCUCUGCGAGGGGACAAGGAGCCGUGCUGCAGGCUCCAUCUAGUGGCGCUUGGGGACACCCUGCCAGCUGCGGUGGGACACCGUGUCCACCCCUUUCUCUUUAAAAGGAAACUCAGAUUUAACUCCUUGAGCUCUCGAGCAUCCUUGCAGAACUGCCGGGUUUUUAUCCAUUGCCUUUCCCAGAAAGGAAAUUUCGAAAGCUUUGGAGUGGGAAACUGAAAAUGGAGGGUGUUUUUUCCAAAAUUAGGGUUUCUCUAUAACCCAGGGGGUGCAACGCUGUCCCAGGGACCUGGGAGCUGCUGUCCCCUGGGCAGGGCACUGGCUACCUCUGCUCCCUGUGCAUAGGGGCUGCUUUGUGGAGGAUGGUGGGGACAGGGACAUGGGAGGAGGCAGUGUGGAAAACAUGGAGGUUUUUGUCAUGGAAGGAGUUAAAGCCCUAACCCGGAUGUUGAGGCGGAGGAGCAUAGAGGUGUGGCUUCCUCCCCAGGGUACGGGUGCUGUGCAGCAUCCUCUGUGUCCAGUCCUAUAUGGAUCCCACGGGUCCCAUCAUCCCUUGUCGAGCUGCUGCGUCCCCAGGCAUGGUCCCCUGGCUCCCCAACAUGGGACUGAGUUAGCCCCGACCCUGGUACCCCACUGCAAGGGGGUCUCAUCCCCUGGCAGGGUGGUCCUGGGGAAGCAGUGGGGCUCUGGGUAGCGCAGAGGAUGUUGCCUUCUGCUCUCAGGCAGUGAUGUCAUCUCAGUGGCCAUCUCAGCUCAGUGUGGUCCAGCACUAACAGGAUUGGGGGCUUUAGAGCUCAGUGCCAGCUCUGCCUCUGAUCCCUUUAUCUGCAGCUGCUUGGGCUGGGGCUUAGGGAGAGUGCCUUUGGGUGCCAGCAGCUGUGGUCUUGGAGCGCCUCUGGGUGGGUACAUGUGCGUAAGCUGGAGCCUUAUUGUCUGGGUGGCAUAAGGUGCCUGGCUCAACCUGACAUCCCAUAUCCACCUGGUGUUGGAGGUGGCAUCUCCAGCUUGGCAAGUUUCUGGCAGGGUCCUGUGAGCUCCUGGGGUGACUGCAACUGAGCCCAGAACUUCCCCAGCUGCAUGGAGACCAGCCCAUUCCACGCGCAGCCACGAGCAUCCUGGCAGAGGCUGUGGCCACAGAGGUUGGUUUGGUACUGAAGAUGGCUCUCCCCACCCUGGUGAUCCAACAGCUGUGUUCUGGGGUCCUGGGAAAGAGCUCUCUUACCAAAUGUGCAAAGCCUGAG